GAACAGUUCCAGGCUCUUCUUUCGCUCCACCGCAUAUUACUGUAUGAACACCAUGACUUUCUCACAGCAUCGUGCCACCCCAACGUAUCGUUCGCACUCCGGGAGCUCGUCACAAAGUACGCCAUGCCGGCGAGAAUCACUUUCAUCCGCCUGACCUAUGCCAUGAUGUCUGUACUGGAAGAGACUGUCCCUUGGUACAGGGAGAUCUGGAUGGAAUGCAAAGGAGAUUUGGCCAGAUAC